UUGCUAGCGCGAUGUUGAAAAAAUACUCCAGCCAGAUGCUUUCGCGAUAACGAAACUAUAAAUUGAGCCAGGUGUAUGAGCGGCACUUAAUUUUUUCCCGGUCACGCAAUGAAUCAGUCGUUUGUUAUUCUGCUCCUCGCGGUUGCUUCUUGCACCGCGUUCGUCGUCGACCCCAGAAUCGUCAACGGCACGGAUGCCAGCGAAGGCGAAUUCCCGUACGUCGUUUCUCUGAGAUACAACCUGAGCCACGUGUGCGGGGCGUCCAUCCUCAGCGACAGGUUUAUCUUGACGGCCGCGCACUGCGUCUACUACAUCGUCCCAGGGGUGGCGGCGGAUCCGUAUCUAUUUUCCAUCCAGUACGGUUCCGUGAGCAUCUCGGCGACAGACGAGAGGAGCGUAGACGUCGAGAAGAUCACGAUAGCGGCGUUCGACAUGGAAAAACAAAUCUACGACGUCGCCGUGCUCAAGCUCGUCAGCCCGCUGCCAAACGACGGUUUGUGGGAACCGGUGAAGCUGGGACGCGAUUUCGACGCGUCCUCUCAGCACAGCGGCGUCAUCGUCGGCUGGGGAAGGCUGUGGGAUAACGGGCGGUCCCCGACGGUACUUCAAAAAUUGGACGUAUCGACCUAUACCAGCGCCAUCUGCGGCGAAUAUUACAACAAUUCGCACCACAUAUGUUUGGGCGCCAGCCCCGGGGGUGCCUGUAGCGGCGACUCGGGCACUGCUCUGGUGGUCGACGGCGCACAGGUCGGCAUCGCCUCCUUCAUAACGAGCUCCUGCGGCGUCUCCGGGCCAAACUCGCCCAACGUGUACUCGAGGGUGCCCUUCUAUUACGACUGGAUCCUCGAGAAUUCGGCGAACUGAGCGAAAUAAAACGUUUUU